GCCGGUUGUAGACAGAAGUAAACAUGCCUGUUUGUUGCGCAGCUUGUUCUGGGAAAGCUGUACUGAAACGCCCGAAAACGGGUGAUGCUUUAUGUCGAGAGUGUUUUUUCCAUGUCUUUGAGACUGAAAUUCAUCAUACUAUCUUAGAUGCCAAUUUAUUCACUGCAGGAGAAACCGUGGCAAUUGGAGCAUCUGGAGGAAAAGAUUCCACUGUACUUGCUUACGUAUUGAAGUUAUUAAAUGACAAAUAUGACUAUGGGCUGAAAUUAAUAUUGUUAUCAGUAGAUGAAGGUAUUACAGGAUAUAGAGAUGAUUCAUUAACGACUGUCAAAAGGAACCAGAAACAGUAUGAUUUACCACUGAAAAUAGUGUCUUAUGAGGAGCUUUAUGGUUGGACUAUGGAUGCUAUUGUUAAGGAAAUAGGAUUGAAAAAUAAUUGUACCUUUUGUGGUGUAUUCAGACGACAAGCUUUAGAUCGUGGUGCAGUAUUGGUUGAAGCUGAUAAAAUUGUGACAGGGCAUAAUGCAGAUGAUAUAGCAGAAACUGUACUCAUGAAUGUUCUUAGGGGAGAUAUAGCCAGACUUAGAAGGUGUACAUCAAUUACAACAGGUAACGAAGGUUACUUACCAAGAUGCAAACCACUCAAGUAUACAUAUGAAAAAGAAAUUGUAAUGUACGCAUAUUUUAAAAAGUUAGAUUACUUCUCCACUGAGUGUAUAUAUUCACCAAACGCUUACAGGGGAUAUGCAAGAGCAUUUUUAAAAGACUUAGAAGCCAUAAGGUCAAGUUCAAUUAUAGAUAUCAUCCAUUCUGGUGAGAGUCUGUCCAUCAAGAAAGAUGUAAAGAUGCCAACUCAAAUGACAUGCUUGCAAUGCGGCUACAUAUCAAGUAAUAAAGUGUGUAAAGCAUGUGUAUUGUUAGAAGGGCUUAAUAAAGGACUACCUAAGCUUGGUAUUGGUAAGGGAUUGAAAGCAAGACAGAAGCUGGUUGCAGCAGGAAUGACACUUACAAACACUGAAUCACAAUCAACAAGUACAGAAAGUACAGCAGUAUUGAACACUGAUAAACAAAGUCUUGAGUUUUGAAAGCACCAGGAUUGCCUUACAACUUUUAACACCCUUGUAUUGAAGAACACUGAUUCAAGAAUUGGUGAAUUCUGUUGAGGCGUCAUGAGUGUGGAUAUCAAUUUUACCAAGUUAUCGUUCAACUACUGGUAGUCAUCUCUAUGAACAAUGGACAAUGCUCAUGCUGCAAUACAUGCUGUGCUGCUGCAAUACAUGCUGUGCUGCUGCAAUACAUGCUGUGCUGCUGCAAUACAUGCUGUGCUGCUGCAAUACAUGCUGUGCUGUGGUGUUAUGUACACAUCUCAGUUUCAGAAAUUAUGGCAGUGUUAUGGUCUGUUGACAACAGCAAACGACAUCAAAGUUUUUUUCCAGUAAUAGAAUUUGCUGUCAUUCUGGGGCUAAUCUGCACUGGCUCGGAAGGUUGUAAAUGAUUAGCUAGUUUGAAUUUCUAAUUUGCAUAACAUUACUGAGAAUGAACGUGCAUUCAACGCCACAAGUCUUUUGUUUUUUUAGCCAAUCAGAAUUCAUCUUCCGAGCCAGUGCAGAUCAGCAGUCAUUCUGCAUUAUGAUAAAUUAGCCUUGGAUCCAGGGCAUUUUUUUUAUAUGAGGUCAACAAUAUUCAGUUGAUUUGGACUAUACCAUUGAACAAAACUCGAAAUUUUACAAAUGUAAUGACCAGAAACCUGAUUUAUUUAUAUUUACAAAUCUCAAUAAAACUUCCUUGAUUUUGUUGAUUUUGCAAUGGCAGGAUCUGUGGUGGUGUGUGAGUGGGCUGCUUUCGUCUAAAUGUAAACAACACUCAUUCUGAUAUCACAGUGGGUCAAUGUCUAUGUAUACAAGUCCAGCCUUUUUUUUCUCUGGCUUUCAUUUUGGAUCACUAUAGAUUUACUCUAAAUUAUAUGGAUUUGUAAUAUUACAAUGCACAAAAAUAGUCAAUGAUUGUGGUCUGGUUAUCUGUCAACUUAUUCCAGCUGGAUAAAUAAAUAGAAUUUGGUCUUUGUAUACUAGUAUGUCAUUCACCUUGCUCUUAUGCUUGUUAUAUAUUCUGUCUAUUGAAUGACUUCUGAUGAAGCGCCAAUGUCCAAAAUGUAUACUUUUACCAACUACCAUUAUCUAUAUUAUAAUUUAUACUUUUCUUGAUCAUGAAAACUUUUACUCGAAAGUUUAUUCAUGUAAAUCCACACUUUCUCCAUGUUUAUCCAUGUUGAUGAUUACACAAAGGAUCUUGUAAACAGGACACAUUUUACAAUGUAAAACUGUGUCAAUUAUCCACAAUUGUAAUCUUUGGAGCUAUACUACUUCUCCAACUAAGUCAAACAUUGCAGAGCUCCUGUGUGAAUACAGAAUAUAUGCAAUCAUUGGUGUUUUGAAAUAAUUAACUGAAAAAUCUAAAUCUGUAACAGUCAGUGAAGCAUCGGAUCAAAAGUGAGAUUCAUCAGCCAUCACAAGUCCUACACACAACUCCAUUCAUGACCAAUCAUGUACUUCCAUUUACCAUCAGAAAACUGUUUGUGCACAACUAUUAAACAUCGUUUGCUUUACAGUAAUAAAAAUGUGAGAUAUGUAAAAUA